CAUCAAGCUGCCAUUGUUGGCUCCGCUCUCCUCCAGCGAAACUACGAAAUGUCGCAGCUAAUCAUCUCCCCGUAAAUAAUGACGACGAGAAUUCCUAGGGAUGAUGAUACGCCCCUCCCAACCCAGUCGGUGGAUCCGGAUGGCUGAUUUGGCCGCAGCGCUGUCUCCGUAUGGCUGCACCCAGGAUAAACACCCUCCUUGUCGGUGGUACGCCUUCUCCCCUCGUCCGCUGGGACCUUACCGCCACUGUAGUUCUGCUGAAGAAAGCUUGUUAUAUAUGAUCCUCUUCGCCUCCCUUCUCUUUCUUUUCCAUCUUCAUCCUUCUCUUUCACAUCAUCCUCCUCUUCCAUCUUCCUCCGGUGACAAUUGCUUGCAGGUGACGCCCAUUGGUUGUCUUCCUGUUUUCGUCUCCGAGUGAUAUCAUCCUUAUAUCCUUCCUAUCUUAUCAGCAUCUAUCUCCCUCCCCCUCC